AUGGAACCUGAGGACUUUGAUUCUGAGGACAAAGAGAUAUUAAGCUGGGAUAUUAAUGAUAUAAAACUGCCACAGAAUGUGAAAAAGACCGACUGGUUCCAAGAAUGGCCGGAUUCCUACGAGAAGUUCAUCUACAGCUCAGAGGACAGGAACGCGCAGAGACACCUGAGCAGCUGGGCCAUGCGCAACACCAACAACCACAACUCGCGCAUCCUCAAGAAGUCCUGCCUGGGCGUGGUGGUGUGCAGCCGGGACUGCUCCACCAAGGAGGGCCGCAAGAUCUUCCUGAGACCUGCGAUCUGUGACAAAGCCCGGCAGAAGCAGCAGAGGAAACGUUGUCCCAACUGCGACAGCCCUCUGAAGCUAAUUCCUUGCCGAGGCCAUGGAGGCUUCCCGGUCACCAACUUCUGGAGACAUGACGGACGCUUCAUAUUUUUCCAGUCAAAGGGAGAACAUGAUCAUCCAAAACCUGAAACCAAAUUGGAGGCCGAGGCAAGAAGAACAAUGAAGAAAGUACACACAUCAUCUUCUCCCAUCUCCUUAAAGCUGAACAGGGGCCCAGAGGCAAAGUCUGUUCCAGGUGAAACACAGAGUUGGGGAAGUUUACCUUUAGCUUGGUCUUUCCAGGAAGGCAUCCAAUUGCCUGCUAGUGACAGUGGACAUUUAACAGCUAACGCCCCCCAGCAGAAGUCACCGAAUGAUGGCUUAUUCAAGAGCUAUAGUUUGGGGGGAACCACUGAUCUGGCAGACCCCACUUCUCCCGUGUGCCCCACUGAGCUCUAUGAGAAAUGCAAAGUGUCCAACAGCCGGAUCUACAGUAGUGGAGACCUGCUUCAGCCUCCUGUCUCUGGAGUCCUUCCUGAUUACAACGAUCUGCAAACGUGGAAUAAAAAUGCUGCCUUGGGGAGAAAUCCUCUCAAUGACAACAGUUGCCCCAGUUACCCUUUUCCUCAGACCAGCUGGUCUUACGACUUCUCCCCUUCCCAGAACUCUUUAGAACCCCUCCCCCAGCAGAUUCCAGUGGAACCGCCUGCAGCCAAAACUAGUUCUCAUCCAUCAUGGCCAAAUCCAGGUGGGGAUCUUUAUGAAGAGAAGGUGCACGUGGAUUUUAACAACUACUACCCUUCCACCACAUGCCAUUCUCCUCAGGAAGAUCCCUUUCUCUUUACCUAUACCUCUUACCCUCACCAUCAAUAUUCAGUGCCAGGCAAGAGCGGCAAGUGGAAUUUUGAUGAAGAAAUGAGGUACAUGGGUUUGGAUCACUACAACAAUGAAAUGCUUCUAAAUCUCUGUCCUUUAAGAUGA